AUGUUUUGGGAGCAAGUAGGAAAUCUUUACUUGUGGCCUCCCCCCAAGUUGCAAAUGGUGCAGCUGAAUCUGGCUCCCCGCACCUGGGCCACAGAUGAACGGCUGGAGCGCGGGGCGGCAACAAGCACGGUGAGUAGCUGGAGGCGCCAAGAGUUGAAAGAGACCUUUGGUGAAGGACGAAGGGACGAAGGGAUGAUGAAGCUCUUCGCUUCGCGCGACAUGCAGGGCGUGAACGUGCAACUCUUCGAUGAGUGCAGCGGCACGGCUUUGGAAGGAAGCUAUCAGAUAGACGAUCGCUUGCGCAUCAUCAACAUUGUCUCAGAGGAUACGAAGGAUCAUAUCGCCUUCAGCAGCCGUUCCCAUUGUAUCAACAUUGAUCAGAUCUUGGACGUGGUGGUGUCCAAUGAAGCCAUUCACCACAUUGAGCCAGGUGCUUGGUCACGCCUGAGCGUGCCAGAGAGGGAUCGGCUGGUUGUGCUGGUAUACAACAGCGAGGGUGAGAGCCUCACAGCUGUGGAUUGCCGGAAGGUUUGCUUCUUGGAAGCGGACCAAGAGAGUGCUAAGACCUUCACCAUGUGCAUCAGGCACAACCGACUGCAAGAAGCGCUCACUGUGCUGCAGGAGGGACAGAAGAUGUACGCUCAGCAGCAGCAACAGAUGGAUACCUUGCAGCAAACCAUUGAGAGGCUCUGUGAAAGCAAAGCACCCGUCCAGCGAUCCAAUGGGCAGGCGCAGGCUGCUGGGCCGUCAAGGGUGGCACAGGCAGCACGCCGGGAGGCAGCUCGGCCUGCUCGAGCAGAUGAAGAGGAGAAGUCCAAACCAAAAGAGGAGGAGAAAGCUUUUGGCAAAGCAGAGGAGAAAGCCAGGGACCGGGAGGCGAAGGCCAGCGAUCCGCGACAGGACAAGGGCGUGACGGAGGAGUUGGGGGACGUAGACAUCAACGACUUGUGCGGCAACCAGAUUGGCGCCAAGUUCUGGGAAGUCAUUGCAGACGAGCACGGCAUUGACCCCACAGGGACAUACCACGGUGAUUCGGACCUUCAGUUGGAACGUAUCAACGUCUACUUUAACGAAGCCACUGGUGGGCGCUAUGUGCCCCGAGCCAUCUUGAUGGAUUUGGAGCCUGGUACCAUGGACAGCGUCCGCGCCGGGCCGUUCGGCCAGCUCUUCCGUCCGGACAACUUCGUCUUCGGCCAGACGGGAGCUGGAAACAACUGGGCGAAGGGUCACUACACCGAGGGAGCCGAGUUGAUCGAUUCAGUGCUGGAUGUGGUGCGAAAAGAAGCUGAAGGCUGCGACUGCCUUCAAGGCUUUCAGCUCUGCCAUUCCCUGGGCGGCGGCACCGGCGCAGGGAUGGGCACCUUGUUGAUCUCCAAGGUCCGCGAGGAGUAUCCCGACCGCAUCAUGGAGACCUUCUCGGUGAUUCCAUCGCCCAAGGUGUCAGACACCGUGGUGGAGCCCUACAACGCAGUCUUGAGCUUCCAUCAGCUGGUGGAGAACUCGGAUGAGUCCUUCUUGCUGGACAAUGAGGCCCUCUAUGACAUUUGCUUCCGCACUCUGAAGCUCACCACGCCAACCUAUGGAGAUUUAAACCACUUGGUCUCUGCAGCCAUGAGCGGCGUCACGUGCGGCUUGCGUUUCCCGGGCCAGUUGAACUGCGACCUGCGUAAGAUUGCGGUGAAUUUGGUGCCCUUCCCACGUCUGCACUUCUUCAUGACGGGCUUCGCACCGCUGACUUCCCGCGGCUCACAACAGUACCGCGCGCUCACCGUGCCCGAGCUCACGCAGCAGAUGUUUGAUGCCAAAAACAUGAUGUGCGCUGCCGAUCCUCGCCAUGGUCGCUACUUGACGGCGGCGGCCUUGUUCCGUGGACGGAUGUCGACCAAGGAGGUCGAUGAGCAGAUGUUGAACGUGCAGAACAAGAAUUCCUCCUACUUUGUGGAGUGGAUUCCAAACAACAUCAAGGCCUCGGUCUGCGAUAUCCCCCCCAAGGGCCUGAAGAUGGCGGUGGCCUUCGCCGGAAACUCCACGGCCAUCCAGGAGAUGUUCAAACGCGUGGCGGAGUACUUCACCGCCAUGUUCCGUCGCAAGGCAUUCUUGCACUGGUACACUGGUGAGGGUAUGGAUGAGAUGGAGUUCACAGAAGCCGAGUCAAACAUGAACGACUUGGUCUCGGAGUAUCAGCAGUACCAGGAUGCGACUGCGGAAGAGGAAGGUGAGUUCGAUGAGGAAGAGGGUGAAUAUGAUGGAUGA